UUUUAGGCGGUGUGGAAUGGCCCCCUGCUAACGACGUAUAUCUCGCCAGCGGAAUCCUGGGGAGCUGGGGAUAGGGCCAUUGGGAGGGGAGCUGCUUGUGCGCUUGUCACCGAGUCCCAGGGAGUGCGAAGGCUCUCGAGAGGCAAAACGGCGGCGCGUCAAAAAGAACACUCGCUGGUCUCGUAGGGAGAGGAGAAGGAGGACAUCGUUCAAACUGAGAAACGGUCGCCGCAACGAGCAAUAACAGCCCGCCUCGCGACCGCCUCAUCGUUUCCCUCCCUGACAACGAGCCGUGCGCGACGGUCAGAGAGAGAAGCGCCGUCCAUCUCCACAAAAACGCAGAGUGUCCGUGUGUAGCGAUGGCCAAGUCAGCCACCUCCUCACGCGGCGACGCACUCAGCGCCAUGAGCUCCAUGGCAGGCGACAGGACCGACACAAUAGGCGCAGAAGACACCGAGAACUUUGUGCAGUACCUCCUCGAAGGCUCGGGCGCAGAGCACAAAGUCGAUUUCACAGCCCUGCGCGACGAUCUAGACUCGUUCCGGAGGGACGCUAGGGAAAAGAACACCUCAAAGCUAUCGCGGAGCCGGCCAGACAUUUUCCAGUACGAGAGCGGCGCAACCGACGACUCAACGAGAUUCCUAAGCCACCCGUUCCUGGAUGCCAGUAGGACGACCGUCACGACCACGACGACCACCACGCAGCGCAGUCACGCGGAAUUGACGACUGAGGACAGGGUGAAUGAGUUUCGGAGGAGUAUUAGCCAGAGAUCGAACAGCGACGGGGGUGGUGGCGGGGAAAGUCAGCAGGGAAGGAUUAGGGACGAGAGGGAGACGGGGCGUGAGCUGGUGUCGAGAUCUAGGUCGGGGGGGACUAGUCAUGGCAGCGAGAAGCCAUCAUCGGGUCGGGAGCAGAAUCGAGAUACUGCUGCGCGGUCUAGCGGGUUCGGGGAAAGUCAGAAUCUGAAGCGGGCGCAGGAUACAGCAGUAGCACCCGCACCAUCAGCAACCACCCACACACCCCACUCCCAAUUCGACAACAACCGCCUCGCCGACGAAAUCCGCCGUAAAGACGAAACAAUCCAAACCCUCAUCAACCAACUCGCCGAGACCCAGCAAGAGACUCAGCACUGUAAACUGCAACUGGAGGAGGCCCGGGAAGCGCGGGCGAGGGAGGUUGCGAGGGAUGUUGCUGUCAUUCAGGAGCUGCAGACGUCGUUAAAGAACUCGAUGAGCCAGACCUCAUCCCUCACCGCCGCGCUCGCCGCCACCAAAUCGGAGCUCACGACCUGGAAAUCUCGCUGCGAGGAGUAUAAACAGAAAGCGAAAGAGAACGCGACAGAGGUGGAGCGGUUGCGGAUGGAGUUGGGGGAGGUCGAUGAGAAGGCUGCGAAGAAGCAAGAACGGCUUGAACGCACCUUUACGGAGAUCACGGGGCAGUACAAGCGCAACCCGGCCAAGAGCGGCUUGGAUCGGUUGACGGUGGAGGUUAUACAGGUGUAUGAGGAGAAACUGGAGCGGAUGAGGUCUGAAGCGCGUUCGAGCAGACCAAGGAAACCGGAGCCCUUACGUGCAUCCCAGAAUGCAGAGAAUGUAGCCACGGCGUCCGAGAACAGGGACCCGCGUUCCUCCAUACAUCGUACCCAAUCUCAACCCACCAUCCCCAAAUCCAACGUCAUCACCCUAGACGACGAGCUCGCCCCCCAAGACCCCCUCACAAAAUCCCUCACCCGCCAACUCCAAACCCUCCAAGCCCGCCUCUCCGCGGCCCUCGCCGCCCUCGCCGCCCGCGACACCCAGAUCGAUCUGCUUAAACUCCAACUCGAGACGGUCAAAUCACAGCCAUGGCCGUCCCACUCGGCAGCCCUCUCUUCUCCUCUAACAACCCGCGACCUCAUCCGCAUCGACAAACAAGCCCACCACCGGAAACUGCACAAUCUGGACACCCUCACCCGUGACGAAACCCUCUCCCUCCUCCACGACAUCUGUACCCGGUUCGAAAUCGGCGACGUGAGCGAUCUCCCCAACGUGUUGGAGAAAGUCGAAGUUGUGGUGCGGUUGAGUAGCCAGUGGGAGGCGUUUCUGAGGGGGGUUGAACGGGUUGUUGGGGGGUGUCGGGUGCGUGUUGUGAGUGGACGGAGGAGUAGGGGUGAGGGCAGGGAGUUGGGGAGCAGGUUGGAGGGCUUUUUGGAGGUUUUGGAGGAGUGGAGGGGGGUGGUGGAGGAGAGCGCGGGGGUGAAGCAGCAGAAUGAAACGAUGCAACGCGACCUUAACCACUUCCGCGACCUGUUUGAAGUACCACCCAACGACGCCGUCGUCCCGAGGAUGAAUGAUUUGUAUGUGUUUUCGGCUGAGGUUGCUCAAGGACUGGAUAGAUUACAAGACCUUCUCGGCCUCGAAUCCUCAGUGCAGCGCGGACGGGUGCUGAGUCAUGCCGUCGAGGCGUUGUCGGGGACGUCCAAGACGGUUGAAGGUAGUCAAAAUCAUAUCCCCUCCACUCAAUAUGUCCCGCGUACCACCACCCACGUUGACUAAAGUAUGCAUUUGCAGCCCUCCAUCGCAGCCUGAACGGGAAACGCUCCUCACAGGACUCGGGGAGCGAUCAUGCGGUUCGGACGCGGGGGUUGGCGAGGAGCCAUGGCGAGAGGGGGGAGCAGUUCAGGGCGUCUGGACGUAGUUCGCUGGCUUCCCGGGGGAGUAGUCAGAGGAACGCGGGACAGAAAGGCUCGGAGGACGUUGAGGCGGGACGGAGAUGGGAAGACCAACACGGGGGUCGAGACCAACAUCAACAACAACAACAACAACAACAACAACAACAGCAUGUAUCGUUGAACAUCCGGAAAGCCA